CAGGCAGCUGGAGCCGAGGCCGCGGCGGAGGGCUGGCUGGCUGCUCCUGGGGCCGCGAGUGGGGAGCGCGGCGUGGAGGUGCCAGCGGACGCGGGUGGCGGCGAGUCAGGCUCUUUCAGCCCCGAGCAGAGCUAACCACAGUGGGGACCGGGGCCCGGGGGUGCGGCGGCUGCGGCUGCAGCGAGAGGACGAUGGCAGCGCCCGCCGGGGCCAGGGCACUGAUUGCAGCCCCAGACCGCGGGCGCUGGCUGUGGUCGGUGCUGGUGGCGGCGCUCGGAUUCCUGACAGCUGGUGGAUCGGCCCUGGAGGUUUAUACACCAAAAGAAAUCUUCGUGGCAAAUGGGACACAAGGGAAGCUGCCAUGCAAGUUCAAGUCUGCUAACAUGACCGGCACACUGACUUCAGUCUCCUGGAGCUUCCAGCCAGAGGGGACUGACAGCACUGUGUCGUUUUUCCACUACUCCCAAGGGCAAGUGUAUGCCGGGAAUUAUCCACCAUUUAAAGAUAGAAUCAGCUGGGCUGGAGACCUCGAGAAGAAAGAUGCAUCAAUCAACAUAGAAAAUAUUCAGUUUAUACACAAUGGCACCUACAUCUGUGAUGUCAAAAACCCUCCUGACAUUGUUGUCCAGCCAGGACACAUUAGGCUCUAUGUUGUAGAGAAAGAGAUUUUGCCUGCGUUUCCAGUUUGGGGGGUGGUGGGCAUAGUUACUGCUGUGGUCCUGGGUCUCACUCUGCUCAUCACUAUGAUUCUGGCCGUCCUCUAUAGAAGGAAAAACUCUAAACGAGAUUACACUGGCUGCAAUACAUCAGAGAACGUGUCACCAGUUAAGCAGGCUCCACGGAAGUCCCCCUUCGACACAGAGGGUCUAGUAAAGAGCCUGCCUUCUGGAUCUCACCAGGGCCCAGUCAUAUAUGCACAGCUAGACCACUCUGGCGGACAUCACAGCGACAAGAUUAACAAGUCAGAGUCUGUGGUAUAUGCAGACAUCCGGAAAAAUUAAGAGAAGACCCCAGUGACAUCCCAACAAGCAAGAAACAAAUCCAGACUGGACUCUUGUGCAGAAAAUGUAGCCCAUUACCACGUGUGGCCUUGGAAACCUGAACAAGAACAAGCACAUGUUUAUUCAUAGAGGGAGAAAAAGAUUUGUAUAAAGGAGAUGUAUAAAUAUUCUAUUUAAUCUUCCU